UGGCGUGUGUGUGUGACGCGACAGGAAGCUCCACAGAUUUGGACCGGAAGUUUCACGUGCUACAAUGCUACAAGCUGACAACCAGCUAUAAUGUUGGACAAAAACAAAUACUUUAAUGGGUGAAGUCUGGAAGUAUGCAGUGUUUAUUUUCGUCGCUUUCUUUUAAAUUAUGUCACUGACUCUUACCAUUAACUACAGUAGUGAUGGCAGUUGAAAAUUUUGUUUCUACGACAUUGGAGCUUCUGCAAGAAGAGAGGGAAGCUGAAAUAGAGGAAACCAGGGUGUGGAAAGAGAAUAUUUCACACAAAGAGCUUCAAAACAAAGGAGUGUGCCUGCUUAAACUUCACAUAGGAAGCCAGUCCACUGGCCUCUAUGGUCGAACAGUAAUAGUCCUAGAGCCAAGAAAGCAUCUUGGAUUCUCAUCUCUUCCCAGCAAUAGCUUUGGACCUGGGGAUAUAGUUGGGUUAUAUGACUCCGGUGAAUUCAGUGGGACAUCUCAGAUCAGCACCGGCAUUGUGACACGAGUCAGCCAGGCCUCAAUAAGUGUGGCUUUUGACAAUUCAAACGAUGGGCUCAGUUUUGAUACGGAGGCUUUAUACAGCCUCUUAAAGUUGGCAAAUGACGUGACUUAUAAUCGAAUGAAAAGGGCUUUACAUGUGUUGAAUGGAUACAAAAAUGGACCAUCUGCAAAUCUGAUCAGUGUUCUCUUUGGAGAAGCCAAACCUUCUUCUCAUUCUCAGCCACAGGACGUCAAAUUCUUUAACUCCAACCUGGAUGAUUCUCAGAAAGAAGCAGUGACUUUUGCUCUAUCUCAGAGAGAACUAGCAGUGAUUCAUGGUCCUCCAGGCACUGGGAAAACCACCACUGUAGUGGAGAUCAUUCUUCAAGCUAUCAAACAAGGCCAAAAGGUCUUGUGCUGUGCCCCGUCAAAUGUGGCGGUGGAUAAUUUGGUUGAGAGAUUAGCCCGGUGUAAGGCCAAAAUUCUGAGGCUUGGUCACCCAGCCAGAGUGCUGGAGUCUAUACAAAAGCAUUCACUGGAUGCCAUCCUCGCUAACAGUGACAGUACCAACAUCAUCACUGACAUACGCAGAGAAAUUGACAAAGCUUUUCUGGGAAUAAAAAAGAAAAAUGAAAAAGGAGACCGCGUGAACUACAGGAGGGAACUAGGCGAACUAAGAAAAGAGCUGAAAACCAGGGAAGCAACGGCCAUCACCCAGAUUCUUAAAAGCGCCGAUGUUGUCCUAUCAACCAAUACAGGUGCAUGUGACGACGGGCCUCUAAAAUUCCUGCCAGCGGAGCAUUUUGAUUGGGUGGUGAUUGAUGAGUGCGCUCAGUCACUGGAGAGCAGCUGCUGGAUUAGCCUGCUCCGAGCACGCAAGUGCAUUCUGUCCGGAGACUACAAGCAGUUACCGCCUACCAUUAAAUCACACACGGCAGCUUCAAAAGGCUUGUCUCUUAGUCUAAUGGAGAGACUCAUCCAGAUGUACGGAGACUCAGUUGUGCGAAUGCUCACAGUCCAGUACCGCAUGAACAGUGCCAUCAUGGACUGGGCGUCCAAAGAGAUGUACCAAGGAAGACUGACGGCACACAGCUCAGUGGAAUCACACUUGUUGAAAGAUCUGCCUGGGGUCACCUGUGUCGAAGAAACCAGGACAGCUCUUCUUCUCAUCGAUACAUCUGGCUGCGGUCUGACAGAAAUGGAGAUCGCAGAAGAGCAAUCCAAAGGCAACCAAGGUGAGGUGGACAUCGUAGCUCUGCACAUUAAAGCCUUGACUGAGGCUGGGGUGAAUGCCAAAGACAUAGCUGUUAUUGCGCCGUACAAUUUGCAAGUUGACCUUUUGCGUCAGAAACUUUCUGCAAGGCAUCCAGAUCUGGAAAUCAAGUCAGUGGAUGGCUUUCAAGGCAGAGAGAAAGACGCUGUGGUUUUGUCUUUAGUCCGCUCCAAUAGAAAAGGUGAAGUCGGAUUUCUGGCGGAGGACAGAAGGAUAAACGUGGCUGUGACACGUGCGAGACGUCACGUCGCCAUCGUGUGUGACACCCAGACUGUUCAAAAUCAUGCUUUCCUUAAGACUCUGAUCCAUCAUGUCACCGAAUGUGGGGAGGUACGGACAGCAUUUGAGUACCUACAAGACAUUGUCCCACAGAAUUACAGUCGUGACCACAAAGACACAAAGCCUUGCAAUUUGACCUCACAAAAUGUUGAGGGAAAGAAAAUAAAAGCGGUUCAGAAGAAAACAAAUGGAAGUAACACAAAAAAUAGUAAAAAACACGACAAAACUCUAAAGCCAUGUUUGUCGGAGCUCGCUGAGGAGGAAAAGAUGAAGAACCGACAAAGUGAAAUCAGAGAGAUGGUGGAAAACUUUCUGAAGAACCUCAGUCAGAGUGAACUAGAUUUUCCACCGUCAUUCAACUCUCAUGACCGCUUGUUGGUGCACCAGAUCGCUGAAGAGCUGGGCCUUGCGCACCUGAGUAAAGGCGAGGGGAAAGACAGGUAUAUCACCGUCUCCAAGCAUCUGAGUUCAAAACCAGAUCAGCCAACAGAACAAGAGACUGAGGAAAAGGAGCAGGAAAGCGACAAACGUGAGGGAGCUGCAGUUUAUCAAGAACAGGACAUUCCUCAACCAUCCUCAAAAGAAUCAAGUCAACCUCCAUUAGAUCUUAAAAAAUUACAUUUGGAGCGAAUGAAGAGGGAACAACAGAAAAGGGGAGAAAAGGCUGAACAAAAGAAGCAGCAGACCAUUUUGGUUGUUACAAAGAAGUCCACAGCCAUUAAAGGAAAGAAGCGAACAAAAGCAAGUGCAUGCGACAUCGCGGCAUCCUCUUCUCCAGGCGACGACUUUGACGCCCUCAUCAGUGCCGUGGUGAAGGCAGACAGUGUAUGCAGUUUUAUCAAGUGUAAAGCCUCCGUGGUAACUCUUGGACAGCUUUGUCUUUUCUGCAAAAGGCAAUAUUGUCUCAGUCACCACAUACCAGAGGUUCAUGGCUGUGGAGAGCAAGCAAAGAUUCAGGCUCGAAUGAGAAUAAGCAAGGAGGGAAUUCUUUACGCCGGUAGCGGGACGAAAGAAAAAUCCAUGGACCCCAACAAGAAAGCUUAUCUACACAGAAAACUGGACUCUAAACUUAAAGAUAUGGCAACACAGAGGAAAACAAAAAACAAAGACAAGGAUGGUUAACAAUAAUUUAAUAAAGUGGUGUCACUUCUGCCCAAAAUGUUUUUUUUUUUUUUUCAUUCUUUAUUUUAUAAACAUAAUACAAUACAUGAGACAAUUGGGUAUUCAUUCAUCCAACAUGAGAAAACAAAAUGGAACAGAGAGGGAGACAA